AUGUCAACAAAAUGGUUGAAGGAAAUAAGAUUAUUUAAGACUGAGUAAUUUUAUAUCUGUGAAACCUAUGAUGAAAGCAGAGAAAUCAAAAUUUCUAUUGAAAUGACUAAAUUGUAAUUGAAUUUAGAAUCAAAAGACACUCAAAAUGAUUUGAAGACAUCUAUGAAAAUUGAUGGUGGAUUGUUAAUAGAGUAAAAAAAGAGUGAAUUAAGUGAUUUUUAUCAAAUGUCUUCGUAUGUUUGGUAAACCCUGUAUAGAAGAUAAUCAAAGGAAUCGUAAUAGAGCUUUUCCUGUAUGCAGAACUAGAAAUGGAAUCGAAGAGGUUAGAUCAAUUAUUUUGAGUUGAUGAUUAUAAAAAUUUAUAUACCAAUAAGAUUUGAAAAUUAUUAAAUAAUAGGUUCCACAACAUAGAAUUUGUACAAAAAUCAUAAAAUAAAAGAAAUGCAAUCUCAAAAAUAAUAACAAUGUUAAUAUUAAUAUUUGCAUCUCUGA